AUGCUUCGUGGAGUUGCAAUUCUUGGCACGGCCCCUGCGAGUGGCACGGAGGAGGAAGCCGGUGCUGGGCCUUGCAUCCAAACCCUGGCUGUGCUGCCAAGGGAGGAGCUGUCCAAAGAUGAUCAGGAGCUUCUCGGCAAGCUUCCCAAGGCUUUGCUUCAUCGGGGGACUGGCACGACCUGGAAGACGCUGUGCGCUACCAUGCGAUGCUUUUGCACAGUGGUGGCUGAUUUAGACGCGCGGUACUACGUGGCUGCCCUGCGCAUGUGCUUGGGGCAAGAUCCAGAGGAGGAGGUGUGUGCCUGCUUCUGGUCCCUCCAUCCUGAGGUGAUAAGUGCGACAUUUGUGAAGAGCCUGGCCAGCUUAACGGCGACCGCAAUUCAGCCCGGCAAGAUCGCGCACGAUCCGGAAUAUUUGGCUCAGCUAUGGGCGUGGCUUGUGCGUGAGGUCCCGCUGCCGCCCCCGACGUGUUCCCUGCGCCUCCGCGCGAAAGCGUCCGUGGCUCUGGCGAUUGGCGCCUCUGGGCCGAGUGGCUGCUUGCCGGUGCCUCACGUUCCUUUGAGCUGUUUGGUUCAGCGGCUGAGCCUCUCCUCGCUGUUGCUUCUAUUCCGGCUGGCUUUGCUGGAGCGGAAGGUGGUGAUGCGCUCCUCCUCUGCGUUCACUCUGACGGCCUGUGGUGAGGGCAUCUCUUCCCUGCUUCUUUUCCCGUUCCGCUGGCAGCACUCCUACCUGCCGGUGGCGCCUGUGCAGCGGGAGUACCUGCAGCAGAAAGGCCCCUACAUACUGGGGCUGCAGCGCGAAGUGCUUGAGCUCGGCGGCGCAGCCCUGACGGCACUGCCCUCCAGCGAGGACUCGCAUGCUUUUUCGGUUUUUGACCUGGACGCGGGCGAAGUGGAGACAGAAGCAGCCUUUGCCAGGCUCCCAGAGCUCCCAAGCAGCGUCCGGCAGAAGCUGCGGGCGGGCCUCAGCCGUUUGAUGGCGAACAGCGGCUUAGAUCUGGGCACGUCACCCGCGCGACUGGGCGAAGGGGACCCGACCUUCGACCGAGAGGUGCAGAAGGUCUUCUUCCACUCUCUCGCGCCGCUCGUGACGGACCUGCGAGAGUUCUACACACCUCCACAGGACGGCGCCAGCCUCGGGAGCUUCGACGUGCAUGGCUACGUCCACAGCCGGGAGCCGGAGGCCCAGAUCUUUGCACGGGCGCUAUCGCAGACCGUCGCCUUUCGGGAGCUUCUCCAAGAGACCAUUGGCCUGGCUCGUGGUGACUCUCGCCUGGAGAGGGCCUUAGUCCAGGAGCAACUCCAGCCUUCUUUCGCGGAGCAAGGCGAUCCUGCAACGGCGCCGGGAGGGCCGUCUGCAGACCGGCCAACGGAUUCGUUUCAUUCUGUGGCCCGGUCCAGCUUCGCAAGCUGUCCUCCCGAUGUGCCAGAGAGCGCGCCGUGCCUGACAGGCGAAGCAGCAGUUCUCCUCGGCGAGAAACAACGUUGCGCUCAGUCCAUCGAGUUGCAGCUGUGCUUCGUGCCCCACGGUGGAGGGACGACUGAGGGCACAACCCUCCCGGUCGCUGCCGCUAGCAAGGGCACGAAGGUGGCCAGCUGGCAAAGGAGUCAGUGCACCGAAAGAAGCUGCGAAAGCGGUGCUGGGGAGGUCCAAGGCAGUUCCUCCCUGGUGAAGGCCGUCGUGGCUGCGGUGGAGGCUCAAGCGCAGCAGGCCGGCCUCUUCGGACAAGGGCUUGACUGGGCGGCAGGGCUGCGUGCAGCCCUGGCCUGGCCAGAAGCCCAGGGCAGGCCAAGGAUGCUUGAGAAGCAGCGAGACUUGCUCGACCAAUAUCUGGAUCGCCUGGCGGCUGGUGAAGAUCCUUCCUCCUCGGCUCGACUGCUGGCUGCUGUUCCUGCAGUGAAGCAGGCAGUGUCCAUGUGCAACGUGCUCCCCACCUGCUUUGCGCAUCUGGGUGUGGAUCAGAGCUCUGUGGUGGAACGCCUCGAGGAGAUGGGACGAGACAGGGACCCCUUGGCUGAGUUCGAGGAUGUUGAGGCCGGGGAGUUGCCCGUCCUGAAUCUGCUGAAUCGCUGCCUCAAGACGCCUCGUCACCCUUGCUUGGUGGCCGUGGACCUCCUUCGGCGUGCAUUCAUGUGCGUGCGCACCGUGCAGGCAGAGAAUCUGCAGCAAGAGACCGCACCACGACACACGGCAACCGAAGGCAACAUGAAGCGUGUACGCUUCUCGCGUACUGCGACUGGCAUCAGCGUGGCACCUUCAGAGGAUGGUUCGCCGGAGCACUUGUCUCCGUUGGCAGGUCCAGGACGUAGGGCGCGGCGCAGCACCACCUUGGCUUCCUUAUCUGUGAGCCCCUCGCGUGCUGGCACGCGGUCCCCCAUCUCGAUGUCGCCCGAAAGAUCACGGAAGCCGGGCCGGAGCAGCGAUCCGAAUGUACUGACCUCGCGCAGCCCCGCUCCCACGAGCCCCUUAAGUCCCUCUCGUCCAAUUGGCGAAGCCUGCGAGCUUUCGCCGGCUGUGGUGGAGCUACGAAAGCGCUUCGGUGAGCUCCAGGCAUGCCAGCCGGCGGAUUUAACUCACGAGGAGAAACUGGCAUUCUGGCUGAAUGUGCUGAACGCCUCGACGCUGGCAUGGCUGUGUGUGGUGGGCGUACGAAGCCUUCACAGCAACCUCUUCCCGAUGCACGUUUGGACCAGCUUCUUGCAGCGGAGCCUCGUCAAUGUCGGUGGGCAGGAGUUCAGCCUUUUCGAGAUGGAGCAUACCAUCCUUCGUGCAUGCUCACGGGCACCUAAACUGGGCUGGUUUCUGCAGUGCCAGAAAGGCUUCAAAGCUGGAGAUCCAAAGGCCGACAUGGCGCUGGGACAGCCCGCGCCAGAAGUGAGCUUCGGGAUCUCCUAUCCCUUCCGAUUCGGCUGCCCGCCGCUGCGCAUCUACCAUGCGGGUCUCGUGCGCGAGCAGCUGCUUCUCAACUGCGGGCAGUACUUGGUGGACUCAUUGACGGUGGAAGACCUGCCGAAACGUCGGGUGACCUUGCCACCACUGCUGAAGUACUAUGGCCACGACUUCGGCAGCUCAACGAGCCUCACUGCCUUUGUCCAGUCGGCGCUGGAGGCGACACCGGGUGCUCUCGACCGCCUCUCCAUGUAUGGUGCUGUGAGCACCCGAGACGAGAAGCUUGGUUGCGUCGCCCCGUCCUUGGCCGUGAGCCUCGAGCGCUUGCGCGAGUCGGGCAGCUUCGCCAACGUGUCCGCUGCUUUCGCCGAGUUCGACUGGCGCCUGGACGUGCCCAAGGCCACCUGCUUCGGGCGCCGCGCAGAGGCCCCUAGCUGCGCAGCAUUGGAGGCACUUCUACACCAGGGCUGUGGAGUCGGUGGAGGGUUCCAGGACAUCCCAUGCCUCUCUUGGACUCUGAAGCCUGUGCUCAAAGAGGUCCGUGUGGUACCACCCCCAGGGAGACCAGGUGCUGAUCGUCCGGACCAAGCCAGGCACCGCCGCUAUGUCACGGAGGGCUAG